CUAUCCAUCAAUCUUCUCCUCCUCUUCUCCUCUUCUCCUCUUCUGCCUUGUGUGACGCCAAAUAAACGCUGACAGAGAGAGGGAGAGAGGGGGGAGGCAAAGGCGUAAAAAAUGGCAUUAGCAGCAGCCAACAGUAUUAUCUCCCAAAACAGAACCUCCUUUAUACAUCUCACGAAUCUCCCAUUCCACAAACACCCUUAUAAAUUGUACUCUCACUCUCAAUUUAAACGCACCCAUCAAUCCAAACUUCCAUCCUUUGUCAUCUCUUCUUCCGCAGCAGGAAACGCCGCUGUCUCUGAUGUUCAACUUCGUGGCUCAACUUCCUCUGACACCACCGCUAUUACUUCAUGGUCCGAAUUUGCUAGAAAUGUGUCUGGAGAAUGGGAUGGGUUUGGAGCAGACUUUACAAGCGAAGGGAAGCCAGUCGAACUUCCGGAAUCUGUUGUGCCAGAAGCUUACAGAGAAUGGGAGGUCAAGGUUUUCGAUUGGCAAACCCAGUGCCCCACACUUGCUCAGCCAGACAACCCUUCUAUGACUUACAAGACUAUUAAGCUACUUCCCACAGUCGGGUGUGAGGCUGAUGCUGCCACACGAUAUAGCGUUGAUGAAAGAAUUGUCGGAACUGUAGAUAAUAAAGUUCUUGCUUUUGCAUAUCAAAGUAGUGGCUGCUACGUGGCUAUGUGGCCAAUUCAGGAUCCCAGGAUGCAUAAGUUAUUAGAGUUGGAGUACUGCUUGAUCAAUCCUCAAGAUCGGGAGUCUCGUGUAAGGGUAGUUCAGGUUAUUCGUUUAGGUGAUACAAGCAUGGAACUGCAGAAUGUUAAAGUCUUCUGUGAGCAAUGGUAUGGGCCAUUCCGAAAUGGUGAACAGCUUGGUGGAUGUGCCAUUCGUGAUUCUGCAUUUGCAUCCACGGCUGCCAUGUUGACUUCUCAAGUUGUUGGUGCCUGGCAAAGCGCCAGUGCUGUUGCCAGAUUCAGUGUUUGUCAGACUAGCAACCUUCAAGAACUUGUAGAUGACAGUGAGCAGAAGACAACAAGAGAUGAACGCGACCUGAUAUUGCUUCCAAAGCAACUCUGGUGUGUAUUUAAAGCAAAUGAAGAUGGUGAAAUGUUCAGUGAGGCUGGGUGGCUGUUAAACAAUGGGCACGCUAUCACAUCAAGAUGCAUAUUCUCUGGCGAUGCGAAGUUGAAGGAAAUUUCAAUAUCCCAAGAAAUAGCAAUUUCAGGAGAGUAGCAAAUAAACAACAGCGGUAACCAGCCUCAGGGUAAGGAGGUAGACAACAGCUUUAUUCGAUUAGUACAUGUAUCUGAGUUGGGCAGGAAUUCAAUCAAGAAAAUAGUGAAUGGUUGCAUGGUUGUUAUGGAACAUCAUGGUUUUACCUAGUCCGGAGGACAUCAUUGUGAGUGGUUACUUGAAAUGCAUAUAGAGAUUAUGCAGAGUUUAAUAUGAAACCUAAUAUUGAUUA